CGCGUUUGAAAAGGGUUUUGCUUUGGUGCAACCAACUUUUAUGCAGGUGGAAGAGUACAACAAGAACAAGAAGGAACCAAUGCUUUCUCUUGUACUGCAACAAAGACAACUCUCCCAUGAUUCUCUUACAUCUCAAAGGAUUAUGAGUGUUAGUCCACCUCUCUUUAGUGAUAGAGGGGCAUUGUGUUUACACCUCUCUGCUAGAAGUUUUAGUUAGCUGAGAAGAAGAUAUUGAAAAUUGAUUGUGACCCUAAAAAGUUUUAGCCUUGGGAUUUUGGUGGUUGUCGACAGUCGUGAUUUAGGAGGAUGGGUUUAACUGGAAGUGGUGAAGAGAGUGGAGGGGGUGAUGACUUUAAUGGUUCUAAAAUGAAGGGCCGAGUCCCUCUUACAAUAUUGACCGCUGGAACUGAGGUUAUCAGCAGUGAAGAACCUCAAGGUCAGUCUGAUGGUAGUAGCUCAAUGGCAAAUGCUAAGAGGGCAAGGUUUCUUAGCUUUGGUUCUUUGGAGUCUCCGUCUGCUAAAUUUCAGAAAUAUGCAUUGGUUAUGGAUGAACUUUCACGUAAGGUGCCUUCUUCUGGUAGUCAGAAUUUUCGGGAUCGUCUGCACAGGGUUUUUAGUCGGAAAAUCGAUUGGCAUUGUCUUAAGAAAAUAUGCAAAGAAUGGAUAAGGAAUCCAAUGAAUAUGGUUCUAUUAGUGUGGAUAGUGUGUGUUGCUGUAUCUGGUGCGAUUCUGUUUCUUGUUAUGACUGGAAUGUUGAACAGUGCCCUCCCGAGGAAGUCCCAGAGAGAUGCAUGGUUUGAAGUGAACAACCAAAUACUCAAUGCAUUAUUCACUCUUAUGUGUCUGUACCAACAUCCGCAACGGUUAUACCAUCUUGUCCUUUUGAUAAGAUGGAGACCAGAAGACAUUUCUAGACUCAGGAAGAUUUACUGCAAGAAUGGAACUUAUAAACCUCAUGAGUGGGCACAUAUGAUGGUGGUUAUAAUUCUACUCAAUCUUAACUGUUUUGCACAAUAUGCCUUGUGUGGUCUGAAUGUGGGUUAUAAGAGAUCGGAGCGACCACCAAUUGGGGUUGGAGUAACUAUUUCAGUUGCAAUUGGUGCUCCUGCAAUUGCUGGUAUAUACUGUAUCGUUAGCCCCCUCGGGAAGGACUACGAUUCCGAAGUAGAUGAAGAAGCACAAAUGCAAAUUACCACUGCUCAUGCUAGCAGGACAAACCAGCUGAGAUCAAAAUCUUUGGAAAGACGAUUCUCAUUUGCAACUAGAGAUGAGGAAAAAGGUGAGGAAAAUAGACCACAAUGGGAUGGGGGUAUAUUUGACUUCUGGAAUGACAUAUCUUCCGCGUAUCUCUCUUUGUUCUGCUCUUUUUGUGUUUUUGGAUGGAAUAUGGAGAGACUUGGAUUUGGGAACAUGUAUGUUCACAUUGCAACUUUUCUCCUGUUUUGUCUGGCUCCUUUUUGGAUUUUUAACUUGGCUGCCAUUAAUAUUAACAACGAAAUCGUCAGGCAGACAUUAGGGCUUUUUGGAAUCUUUCUUUGCAUCUUUGGGUUGCUUUACGGUGGCUUUUGGAGGAUUCAGAUGCGGAAGAGAUUUAAUUUGCCACCAAAUAAUUCCUGUUGUGGCAAGCCAGCUAUUGCAGAUUGUGCAUCUUGGCUUUUCUGCUGUUGGUGUACUCUUGCUCAGGAAGUACGCACUGGAAAUUUUUAUGAUAUUUUGGAGGAUAAAUUAUGCAGAAAACAUCUGGACAAAAGCAUGCAGUCACCUAUCUCUCCAUUGCCACGUGAAAAUGGAGAUUUCCAUAUUAGAUCUGCUGCUAGCUCUUCAGUCAUGAUUUCUAAAUCCAAAUCUCCGAGUCCUACCAGAUUUUCAGAGGAAUAUAUUGACCCAGGCAGGGAGCUACAUGACAGGGAAGAAGAUGGCACAAAUGGUAAUCCUGACCUGAUGACGCCACCUGCUCCUUCAUUAAUACAAAGAGAACAUAGGUAAAAUAAUAUACUUAGAUAUGCUCCUGUAACGGCACUUGUUUUGUUUCUUGCUAAAUGAGUAUUGCACACUUUAACUACUAACCCACAGAUUAUAUUCCCCCCGACUACUUUUAAUGUGAUUUUUUUAAGGUGAUGAGGAAAGAUUGUGUUAUAUGACUACA